AAAUUAUAUAAAAAAGAAUAUUUAUGUUAUGGUGUAUUUAAAUUAUAUAUAUAUUAUACAUAAGAAAUAAAUAGAAUAAUUUAAAAUAAAAAAUUGGAGCAUUAGUAUCCUUUUUUAUUUUCUUUUUUUUUUUUUUUUUUUUUUAUUUUUUUAUUUUUUGUUUUUAUUUUGUUUUUAUUUAGUAUAUUAAUAUAUAGGGUUUUUAAUAAAUAAAAAUAUCAAAGAGAAUUAUUGAUUAAUGAAAAGAUUACAAAUAAUAAUAAAUUAAAACUAAUAAAAUAAUAAAUAGUUUAGAAAAUUUAUAGUAAUAAAAUAUAAUAGUAAUAAUAAAAACAAUAAUCAAUACUUAAUAAAUGAUAGGAUUUAAUAAGAUUAAAACAAAACUUAAAAGUAAUGCAAACAAUAAUGCAAACCAACAAUUGCAAUCUCCUCAAUCACAAAUACCAGCACAGCCACAGCAACCCAUAAACAAUCCAAACCCACAACCAUUAAUAUCUAAAGUUAAGCAAUGUUCACCCACAUUUUCAGGUAAAAGCACAACUCUUUCAAGAAAAUCAAUGCUACGUAGUAGAAGAGUUGUCGUUUUUGGUAAUAAAGGUGACUUUUUAUCAAAUCUACUUUGCACAGUUUUAUCGCAGUAUGAAUGUUUAGUAACUUUAGUAUUUCUACAAAAACCAGUUGAUAGUACAGCAACAGUAGCAACUCCAACAAAUGGUAUCAAUCAUAGCAAUAGCAGCAAUAAUUUUAAAGUAUUGGAAAUCAGUAUUGAAGAUAGAGAUAAAAUUAGUGAGAUUAUUAAAGAAAAUGAUUCAAUUAUAGGAUGUUUCGAAUGGUGCGAAUUUAGAACACUUUAUGAACAAGUAAAGGUACUUUCAGUAGAGCUCAAAGAAAUAUAUAAUAAAACCAGCAGUGGUGAAAAUAACAAGUCAUUGGAUAAACAAAUUAUGGUAGUCUAUCCAAUCGGUGUGGAAGAUGUCGAAUACAAUAUUGAUAAUGUUUCAAUCGAAGUCAUAUUUGAUCCAUUACCAGUAGCCUUUAUUUUUUAUUCAGCACUAAUGCAAUGGCUAUUUAUUGGUCCACCUACAAUAAGUCAAUCACACUUACAAUUGCUUCUAAGCAAACCAACAGAAGGUUGCUUUUGGUUAGAUUGCGAUGACCUUAUUAAAGCGAUAGUGGAGUUAAUGAUUCAGGUUGAUCUAAGUUGCACAAGUAAAAUGCUAGUAUUAACCGGCAAAGAGUCAUUAACGUGCAUCCAAAUAUCAAAUGUUUUAUUAAAUGAAUAUAAUAUUAUAGUUGAUGAUUAUAUUGAAGAUAAGAAUAAUACUGACAAUAAACAACCAGCAUUAACAGAUACCCAAAUUCUUCAAAAAAAGUUUUUCACAUAUUUACAAUCACCAAUUUCAAUUGUAAACUCUCCUUCAAUUGAGGAGAUUAUUGGAACACCACCAACCUCAUUUUCAAAUUUUUUAAUUAAAUCAAAAGAAAAUCAAUUAAUUACAAUUAAACCAUCAAGAUCAAAUUCAAAUUCAAAAAAAAUAGAGAAUAAUAGUGGUUUAGUUAGUAAUGAUAAUAAUAGUAAUAGUAAUAUAAAUAGCAAUAAUAAUAGUGAUAAUAAUAAUGGUAAUAAUAAUAAUGGUACUAAUAUUGAUACUAGUGUUAUGAGUGCAACUAUAUCUACUUCAACAUUAACUACAUCGAUAGACUCGUCAACUAAUACUGAAGGUACAGCAACUAAACCACUAUCGGUAUCAUUAGAUCCAAAAUUAUUAAAUAAAGCAUCACCACCCACAACACCGCAACAACCAAAUAAUUCAUCAACACCAUCCUCAUCAUCAUAUAGAUUCGUUUUUAAUCCAUUUAAUAUUUUAAAGUAUUCCAAAGACUUUAUCGAAGAAACCCUUUAUAGACCAUCAGCUAAUGUAAAUCAAUCUAAAAAAUUAGUACAAGAUCAAGAAACUCAACAGUAUAUUAAUUUAUUAACUAUUGGUUUUAAAAAAUUAUUUGAAAGUGAUAUUGACUCAAUGGCAGUCAAUGGACAAAAUAAUAAUAGUAAUAAUAAUAACAAUAAUUUAAAUGUAAAUAAUGUAAAUAUAAAUAAUAAAAAUAGUAAUGGAGAAACACCAGCAAAUCAAAAAGACGGGGCUUGUAUUAUUGGUGAUUUUUCAAACGAAGAUUUUAAUCAAGAAACCAAUAUUGAAAUCCCAAUUGAUUCAGUUGUAGAUUUAGAAGAGGAACAGCAUAUACAUCAAUUCCAUCAUUUACAACAUCCACCCCAACCAGUAUCCACAUCUGAAAGUUCAUCAGCAACUGUAACAACAAUGGCAACAACAACAACAACGACAACAACAACAGAUUCAUUUAACACAACAACUAUAACCUCAUCAACAGUCACUACAAACACAGAGUUAUCAUCAUCUACAGCAUCAUUAACAUCUUCAUCAUCAGAUAAUUGGCAGUUUACCAUAUUCUCACCAAAGGUUUUUAAAGCAAUAAGAAAAUAUUAUAAUGUUGACAACGAUUUCCUUAGAACCAAAUCAUCAAUAGGCAACCCAGAGAUAUCUGAUAUUGUAAAGUUUUUAGAGGUUCAAACUAUAGGUAGAAGUGGUAGUUUUUUCUAUAAAUCAGAGGACUGUAAAUACUUUAUAAAAACAAUUCCAUCAAGCGAGUAUGACACAUUCACUAAAUUAUUUCCAUCAUAUUAUCAACACAUUAAAAAGUAUCCAAAUACUUUGCUUCCAAGAUUCUUUGGAGUAUAUCGCUUAAAGGGUAAAUUAAAAUUAAGUGGUGCUUCCUAUUAUAGUAGUGCCCAUAGAGAUAUCAUAUUUGUUGUAAUGGCCAAUCUUUUCUAUUCUGAACAAAAGUUGGAAAUUAAAGAAAAAUAUGAUUUAAAAGGUUCAACAAUAGGUAGAUAUGUUGAUGUUAAUCAAAUUCAGCAACAAUUAGCCGAGGAGCAACAACAGCAUCACCAUCAAAACGGUACAGAUAGUUUGAAUACAAGUAAUAGUAGUAAUAGUAGUUGUAAUAAUAGCAAUCAAAUAAAUGGUGUAGAUAAUAGUAUUAAUAUUCAAAUUCAGGAUUUAACAUUCAAGGAUUUAAAUUUAAAAAGAAAGAUUCAUUUGGGUAAAUUAAAAAAAGUAUUUAUACAACAGUUAUCAAUCGACUCUGAAUGGAUGAGCAGCCAUGGUAUAUGUGAUUAUAGUUUAUUGGUUGGUUUACAUAUAAGUGACAAGAAAUCAAUUCAAACUCUUAAAGAAUCUCAAGGUCCAAAGUCACUUGAGAAAAAGGAUAUAUCCUAUUUCAAAAAGGAUUUUAAUGGUAUUGUUGAAAGUGUUCAUACCCCGUUACCAAUAUUCAAAAUUAGAGAUCGUUCAAAUUCAUGCUCGAAUGCAACUGAUUUAUCAUCUGAUCUUAAUAAUAAUAGUAAUGGUAAUGCAACUUUUUCUCCACAACCACCAUCAUUAUCAACUUCAAAUAUAAUUUAUAGAUCGAAUACAGAAGAAAGUGAUGGAGGUAUAGUUUAUUAUUUAGGUUUAAUUGAUAUUCUAACAACUUAUAAUUUAAAAAAGCGUGGUGAAAAUGCUAUAAAAGGAAUGUUGUUUGAUAGAACUCAAAUAUCAGCAAUUAACCCAAAAGAUUACCAAAGUAGAUUUAUAAAAUAUAUUGAAUCAAUAUUUGAAUAAUAUAAUAGUAUUUUUUGUUCCUUAUAUAAAAAAAUAAAAAUAAAAAUAAAGAUAAAAAUAAAAAUAAAAAUAAAAUUAAUAAAAUGAAAUAGUAACAACACAUAAUAAUUUUCAUAAUAAUAAUAAUAAUAAUAAUAAUAAUAUAAAAUAAUAUAAUAGAUCAAAUAAAAUUAUAAAUUAUAUUUAUUUGAUAAUAUUAUAACACAGAAACCUUUAAACCAAAUCAAUCAAAUCAAAUCAAAUCAAAAAAAAAAUUGAUUCCGCACUAACAUCAAAUAAUAAUAAUAAUAAUAAUAAUAUUUUAAAAGAAAACAACUUUUUUGAACAUAUUCAAUAAAAAUAGUAUGUGUGGUGUUUAAGAUUUAAUCAUUAUAG